AUGUUGGAAUACAUUCGAAUAGCCUGUACAUCCGUCCCAAUAUGCGCCCCUGCCCCUGGAGAAAGUUGGACCCAGGACUCACUUGAGUCUAUUAUCUGGAACCCUCUUAUGACUGCACCUUUCAACCAAUAUGAAAGGGUUGAUAUAUAUAUCGUUGAUGAUGCAAACGCCACUCGCACGCUGUUGGUGCAUAAGGCGGUUGACUUGAACUUGGGUAUGACGGCUGUAAGGCUCGAGGCGCCAUUCUUCCCCGAGGAUGCACCAGUGAACCGGUCAUGCCAUAUCUUGAUGAUCAGAGCGAGAUAUCCUCCUGAUGGCAAUUACGAAACGCUUAACUCUAGCACCUUUUUCAUGAUUCGUACCAAACAAACUGUGAAUGGCACAACGGUCCCUAUUCAAGCAACUGCAACAUCAACAGGAUCAUUACCGACAACACAACUCACAGGCACACUAACAUAUGUUACUACACAGCCAACCAAUAUCGUAGCAACGGAGAAUAUACCCGGUUCUGGAGCAGUACUACCAACCCUGCCGAUCCUACCAGCGGACUCUACCAAGGAGUCGAAUGGCCUAUCACCUCUUGUCAUCGGGCUUAUCUCAGCGGGAGUCCUUGUGCUUUUAAUCGCCAUUGUAGCCAUAGGCCUCUUGCUCAGGACACGGAAAAGAUUCAAAGGUGAUCCCAGCUAUUUUAAAAAUCUAUAUGAUCAGCCCAGCUCACCUACGGAUGACGCUAGCAAGAAAUACAUUUUCAAGGACGAAGGAGAUAAGAGCAUGACAAGUAGUGGAUCGUUCGUUAACCCAACGAUUGGUAUUGCCUUGGCAACAGGACGCAACUCGGCCAACACUGUUCGCUCAGCUGACCCAGUAAUCAAGGUCGCGCCGGGCAUCCUAGGCCAUAAUAAUCAAGAAUCAUCUCCCACCACCUAUUUACCUCUAGUAGAACGCAAGUCACCAAUACUCCAUCUAGAACCAUUCCAAGAGAUACCAGCAACAGUAACAAUAACGACAGGAGAGCAAAGGGCGGAUGCGGUGAGUGAUUCAGCAGAAAAAGCACCUUCUCGCGCUGCCAAAGGCUCCACCUUAAGUGCAGGUGAUGCUCAAUUAAUUGCAGAGACGUUUAGAAAAUCGAUGCGGAGACCACGAUGGGAAGACCCAGAAGAAGAAUUAGAAGAGGUGGAACAGGAUGAAGCACGUCGUGCGGCUAAUGAGCUACUAAGGAAAGAGCUGAGCGAGCAAGGGUUAGACGUACAGCGUGGGGUCCAACGGCGGGUUACGAUACAGAACCGACCCCAUCGGUCGAGUGUACCGCCGCCCAUCUCAGAAAGCGUCUCCAUUCCAGAACCAUGA